AUGGCCGCCGGUAGGAGCCGCGGGCUGCUGUGGCUGUGGCUGCUGGCGGCUGCGGCGAGGUUGACGGCGGGCAGGGCUCCCAGCUGCCACGAAGUUCGGACGGCGUUCCAGCUGCGGCAGAUCGGGCCCCUCAAGCUGGUCCCCGACGUGCCCACGGCCGAGUCAGAUUUACAGAUCUGUCAAAAUAGAGCACCAACAUGCUGCACCAAAAAAAUGGAAGAGAGCUACCAGGCAGCUGUUCGAAGAGAAAGGAUGCAGAGUAUCCAGGCACUGAAUUUUGAACUGAAGUACAUGAUUGUUGGCCAUACCACAGCUUUUCAAGAAGCCUUUGAGUCCUUCCUGCGCUUGGCUGAAAACCAUACAAGAUCUCUGUUUGAAGCAGCUUACAGACCUAUAGCAAAAGAAGCAGAAGAGCCUGUUAAAGAACUUUUCACAGACAUCUCCCUCUACAUCCUGGGUGCAGAGACUACAGUGGAAAAUGCAGUAUUACGUUUUUUUGACAGUCUUUUUCCUUUGGUGUAUAGUCGGCUAAUAAAUCCAGGAAUUACUGAUCUGUCAGAGGACUAUACGGAAUGUCUUCGGCUUACGAGGCAAGACAUAAAUCCUUUUGGACACUAUUCUAAAAACAUGGUUACAGAGCUGUCAAAAUCUCUUUGGGCAAGUAGGAUGCUCAGCCAGGCUCUCAGUCUGGGCACUGAAGUGAUAAAUACUACUGAACACGCUGCCCUCACCAAGGAGUGCAGUAGAGCUCUAGUGAGGAUGCAGUACUGCCCACAUUGCCAGGGCCUGACACUAAUCAGACCUUGUGUUGGAUACUGUCUGAAUGUGAUGAGGGGCUGUUUGGCCAGCGUGUCAGAACUGGAUAUGCAAUGGAGGGAGUAUAUCUCCACACUGGAAUAUCUGACUAAUGAAAUGGGUGCCUCACAUGAUCUGGAAAUAGCACUGACGGGAAUCUGGAACUCCAUCAAUGAAGCCAUCCUGCACGCACAGUUAAAUGGACCACAGCUUUCUGCUACAGUCGAUAAAGUGUGUGGACAGCCCAAACAACAAGAAGGGAACCAGCCAUCAGGCCAUAUAGUGCCACUGAAGGAAGCAACUGAAGCCCAGACACUUGUGUUGGCUCAUGCUAGUCUGAACAAUAAAAGAAGUUCUCUGCCUCUGAAACCUUCAAAGAAUGACAAAUCAAGAAGUUUGAAAAAAAUCUCUCGAGAAUUCAUCAAUUAUAUGAAGCGAUCCCGAACCUUUUAUGCCUCUAUAGCAGAAAGGCUGUGUGAUGGAGACCUGGUGAUGAGAGACAGCUCAACCUGCUGGAAUGGAGAAGAUGUUGUAGAGAGUUAUACCAGCAGAGUUGUUUCCAGUGGACUGAAGGCUCAAAUUAAUAAUCCAGAACUGAAAGUCAGAGGACUAGACCCACUCAUCAGCAAUUUGAUUGAUAAGCUUCAGAACUUUAAUCAUCUGGAUGCUGAGAAAGCAAAAUUAAAACUGGAAAGAUGGUCUUCCCGAGAUCCUGGCAGUGGGGGAGGAAGAAGUGAAGAGUUGGAGACAAGUGGGGACUGUGAUGAUGAGGAUGGCUGCCAAGGAUCUGGUGACAGGAUUCACACAGCAGAUAUACUCAAGGACAAGAAAACCCAUCCAGAAAACAGAAAUGAACCAAAACCAACUGUGAAAAAGAUUGUCACCACAACCACCACAAGCACUGUCAAGUCAUCCUCUAAACACAGCGUAACUGGAAAUGGGAGCAGUGCAGCCCUGAGUUCCUCACUUUUUGUUUUAACAGCACUAGCAGUUCUGUGGCCUUGCCCCCCAUAACUGCACACGAUUGCAGCCACUGCACAAGCCUUUCUGUUCACUGUCACCUACACCUGCAGCCUUACCCAGAGAAAGCAAAGCUAAAUAGCUAUCUGUUUUACUUGAUAUAUUAGAAUGAAUAUUAAACAAUGGGCUGGAGUUGGCAGAUAGGAAGUGUCCUCACCUAGAGUGAAGAUAGCUUCUGACAAAGCCCAGCCAGGAUGCAGAGAAAACGAUGACAGAAGUUCAAGUAGCUUUAGUUAUGGGAUAGAAAUAAUUGAGAACAUGAGAACUGUGUACGUGUGUUACUGUUCUUCUCAGUUACGUUCACUGGAAUCAUAUUGGCUGUUGUGUUGAAGUUUUUUUCUGAUAAAUUAAAGGAAUGGUCAGUCUUCAAAUCUAAGCCCAUACAUGCAUUGUUUCUCCAGUGAGCGGCUAAUAAUCUACAUCUGCAGUUGUAAAACAUGUUGAAGUGAAGUACUUUGACCAACGGGAUGAAAUUACUCAAUGGUCGAGAAGAUCAAAGCAUGUCUGAAAUUUCUUUUCACUGCUACUCUUUAGAUUGUAGGAAGCCACACAAAAGCACAUGGCAUGUUUAAUACAUCAGCAUAGCUGCCUUAACAAUUGCAAAAAUUAGGAACAUUUUGUUUACUGAGAGCAACAUCGAGAGUGAGUUUCCCUGCCCCACAAAAUGGAAUCACCAAAUGCUCAAACAUAUGCUGAAGGCCUAUGGGAUGCAUGUCCAGCAACAGGAAAUACAAGCAUCUUCUUCAGUUGAAUGCCGUUUUGUAC